AUGAUAAUGGGGAUGGAAUUGUUGGCUUUGAAUUCAUCACCACUAUGCAAUGUUACUCCAAGAACUAGGAGGAGAAUUCAUCACACACCCAACAAUUACAAGGCUUCCGUGGCUAUGAUGAUGGCAUCUGCUUACAAGGUUUCCGUGGCUAUGAUGAUGACAUCUGCUUCCAAGGUAUAUGAUUCAGUGUUAGAGAACAAAAAGCAUGUCCUUUUAACCUCUCUUCAAGACACACAAAGAGGACUCUUGACAACUCCUCGUCAACGUUCUUCUAUAGAACAAGCACUAGUGAAUGUAGAAGGAACCAACGUCGGUCAACCAAUUGAUUUCAACAAACUCGACGGAACCUGGCGCCUCCAAUAUACUUCUGCUCCUGAUGUUCUCGUUCUAUUCCAAGCUGCUGCUACACUUCCCUUCUUUCAAGUCGGACAGAUAUUUCAGAAAUUCGAAUGCCGUCAUAACUCUACCGGAGGCAUCAUUCGCAACGUUGUCCGUUGGAGUAUUCCAAAUUUCUUCGAGGAACAAGAAGGUGCUACACUGCUUGUAUCUGCCAAAUUUACUCUUGUUUCCGCACGCAAUAUUUACCUUCAAUUUCAAGAGAUCACACUUCAAGAUAUAAAUAUUAGUGAACAGCUCCAGGCUCUAAUAUCUCCAGCAAUACUACCAAGAUCUUUUAUAAGUUUACAGAUCUUGCAAUAUCUCCGUACUUUCAAAGCUCAAAUCCUUGUUAGGGACUCGGGAAGGGAAUCGGUAGGAGGACUAUAUUACCUGAGCUAUUUGGAUGAUAAUAUGCUUUUGGGUCGUGCUGUUGGUGGAGGAGGUGUAUUUGUGUUUACAAGAGCCCAAUCACUUUACUGA